UGAGCGAUAUUAUCACGGGUCCCUCGGUUGUUCCAGCAGCUUGGGUACCCUGAGGGUAGCGAAAGUGAGAUGGCAGCCAUAGCAACGUGAAUACCAGAAGGAAACAAAGGUCCGGUUUGGGCCAGCCGGUCCCGGCAGCAGCAGUUGGAGUCAAGCAGAGCUGAGGUGGUGAAAUAUCAGAAGAGCUCUUCUCUGUGGGGCUUGCUCAGACAGGAAGAGGUUGCAGAAAAGACAAACCUCAAACAAACCUGCACGGGCAAGGAUUAAGGAAACCUGCGUAAAUCCUGGGAACAAACUGAGGAUGUGAAAAGGGGGGGACUGGAGUUUGUGGAUCACAGAGCAGGAUAUGCAUGUUGUUACACUUUGGCUCCUCUGGCAUGAAGCACGCGGGAGAGCAGGACUAACGGGAGGAUUAGGCCUUGUUAUUAGAUCUCUUCUUUGGAUUGAGGACAGUUUACACUGCAUACGGCAGGUGCUGUGGUUCUGUCUGCCUGAGACGUGAGUCAACGCACUAAAAAGUAGAUGAGGGGGACUGCGUGGGAAAGAGACAGCCACACAGAGCGAGACAACCGGUUUUAAGUGGAGGCUGGGGGAGUUUUCUUUAACUGGUCGGCUACACCGUGGCCAGAGCUGGCAGCAGCGAUGAGUCAGAAGAAGCUGACACGACAGCUGAGGUUGUGGGAGAGUCCUGAGGGUCCACCUCCUGCACCCUCUCUCACCUCACCUGUGUCACCGAGCGAUCAGUCUCGCGGACACGGGGGCUCUGCUCUGUUUCGGCGUAUGAAACUGAACCGCAGUAUUCAGGAGCACAGACGCCCAUCUCAUAGCAUGUGCAGCUUCGAUUCUGAGAAUGGUCCUUCGCCAGGCCGCAGUCCCAUGGAUUCGCAGGCGAGUCCUGGGUUGGUGCUCCACCCUUCUUUCCCCCAGAGCCAGCGCAGGGAGUCCUUCCUGUACCGCUCAGAUUCCGACUAUGACACGUCCCCCAAAACCAUGUCACGCAACUCCUCCAUCAACAGUGAGGGGCACGCUGAAGACAUGAUCGUCACCCCUUUCGCUCAGGUGUUGGCCAGCCUACGAACUGUAAGAAGCAACUUCACCAUCCUCGCCAAUGUCACAACACCCACUAACAAGAGGUCACCAGUGACAAGCCAACCCACUGUUCCCCAAGCUACACUCUCUGAGGAGACAUACCAGCAGAUGGCUCGGGAGACUCUGGAGGAGCUGGACUGGUGUCUGGACCAGCUGGAGACCAUUCAGACUCACCGCUCAGUCAGUGAGAUGGCCUCCAACAAGUUCAAGAGGAUGUUGAACAGGGAGCUGUCCCAUUUGUCAGAGAUGAGUCGCUCAGGGAACCAGGUGUCAGAAUACAUCUCCACUACCUUUCUAGAUAAGCAGAACGAGGUGGAGAUCCCGUCCCCGACCUUGAGGGAGAGGGAGAAGCCCAUGUGUCACAUCAGUGGUGUGAAGAAGCUCACGCACAGUUCCAGCCUUUCCAACUCCACCUUGCCUCGUUUCGGCGUGAAGACUGAGCAUGAGGAUGCAUUAGCCAGGGAGCUGAACGACUUGAACAAGUGGGGCCUUAAUAUCUUUCGUGUGGCAGAGUUCUCUAAUAACCGACCCCUCAGCUGCAUUAUGUUUGCCAUCUUCCAGGAAAGAGAUCUACUGAAGACCUUUCGGAUCCCUGUGGAUACGUUUGUCACCUAUGUGAUGACCCUGGAGGACCACUACCAUGCCAAUGUGGCCUACCACAACAGCCUCCACGCUGCAGAUGUCACUCAAUCUACUCAUGUACUGCUGUCCACCCCAGCUCUAGAUGCUGUGUUCACUGAUCUAGAAAUACUAGCUGCGUUAUUUGCCGCCGCCAUCCACGAUGUGGACCAUCCAGGAGUGUCCAACCAAUUCCUCAUCAACACCAACUCAGAACUAGCCCUGAUGUAUAAUGAUGAGUCGGUGCUGGAGAACCAUCACCUGGCUGUGGGCUUCAAGCUGCUUCACGAGGACAACUGUGACAUCUUUCAGAACCUCAGCAAGAGACAGAGACAGAGCCUGAGGAAACUUGUUAUUGAUAUGGUUUUGGCAACAGAUAUGUCUAAACACAUGAGUUUGCUGGCAGACCUCAAGACUAUGGUGGAAACCAAGAAAGUGACAAGUUCUGGAGUACUGCUGCUCGACCAUUACACUGAUCGGAUACAGGUGUUGAGGAACAUGGUGCACUGUGCUGACCUGAGCAAUCCUACGAAGCCCCUGGCUGUGUAUCGACAAUGGACGGAGAGAAUCAUGGAGGAGUUCUUCAGGCAAGGAGACAAGGAGAGAGAGCGAGGGAUGGAGAUCAGUCCCAUGUGCGAUAAACACACGGCAUCUGUGGAAAAGAGUCAGGUGGGCUUUAUUGACUACAUUGUCCACCCGUUGUGGGAGACAUGGGGGGACCUGGUGCAUCCCGAUGCCCAGGACAUCCUGGACACUCUGGAGGACAACAGGGACUGGUACCAGAGCACUAUCCCACAAAGCCCCUCGCCUCCUCCGCUGGGCCAGGACAAGGAACUGAAUGCCUGCAUGGACAAGUUUCAGUUUGAGCUUACCCUCGAAGACAGCUCUCAGAGAGAAGAGGGAGACGAGGGCGACAAGCCUACGCCAAACCACGUCGCACAGGACUGCAGUCAGGGGGAGGACGAGGAGGGUAAAAAGGAGGAAGAGGAAGACACAAUGGCAGAGGAGGAAAAUGAGGACAUUAUAGAGGAAGAAGAUGAGGUGGCGAUGGAGGAAGAGGAGGCGGAGGAGGAGCAAGAGGAGGAGCUGAAAGCUCGGUUGGAGGUGAGAUCUGAAAAGGAGAGACUUUCUGACACAAGUCCUGUAGAGGAAGAGGAAGAUUCUUCUUCACAAGCUGAAGAUACAUGAGUCCUGCUCCUGUAUCUCCCUCCUCACUUGCACACAUUAUCUUGUUCAUCCUUUCAAUGGCCAAACCAAGAACAAAUGAGACUGCAAUGACAAUACAGACCUUUAAAUAUAUUUUUCAAAAAGGGAAUAAAUUAAAAAUCGCUUAAAGAGAAGUUAAUUACACAGCAACUGUAGAUUUGGAGUAGUGACGAGUCCUUCGACUGAUUUCACAAUGAACUUUAGACUAAGAGGAAUUUAGGAGAGCGUUAACGAUGGGCAACUGAAGACAGCGUAGCACUCUGAGACUGGAAUGCACACACAUAAACACACAAAAAGUGACACACAAACACUAGGGAGUAAGUCAAGUAGAAUACAUCGAUGCAAUGUGUGUACGCGUGUGCAUCAGUCAUGCAGUACAGUACAAUUGCAUAUUUACCCACUCCUGUCUUUCAAACGCACAGACAAACACACACACUUGACUGUAUGUUUGUAUGUGUGCAUUUACAUGAGGGACAUUGAUCAGUAAUGAAUCUCUUUGGAAAAAGCCAUCUCUUAAUGGAGUAUUAACUAGUGUUCAGUCAGUAUUAGUAAUUCAUGUUUAAUAGAAUCUCAACAGAAACUGUUCUCCUCAGAAAAGCUACACCAUGUCCGGGUGACCUUUUUUCCAUUUCUGUCGGAAAGAAAAAUAACAAAAAUCCACAGAGUUGGAGGGGGAGACAGGAAGAUAUCGAAGGAAAGGAAGAUGCUGCGAUGAAGGGACCGCUGGGUCCCAAUACCCCUUUUUCCCUUUACGAGGAGAGUGCUACUGGUGCAAGAUGGCUCGGUGCCUUUCUGAAACACCAGCUUCCUGAACGGAGCUGUCGUGAAGCAAUGCAUUGUGGGACAGGAGUGUCUGAUUUUGUUAUCAUUUUUGAUUGUCUCUUGUUAAAGAUCUCUCUUAACUGUUCAUGGUAUUGUGGUGUGUAUCUCACACGUACAGUUUCUGUGGUGAUAUGUUUUAAGCUGUAAGUCUUCCUUUGUUGCUCUUCUGGUAAUAUAAUAACUCAGAACUCUAGAUGCAGAGCAAUCACAACCGCCACCACAACCACCAGUGGACUCUUUCCAGUUUGUUUUUUUCUUAUUAGAAUGAUUUUUUUUUUUUUAAACUUUCUGAGAAUAAGCCAUGUGAUGCUUUGAAGCAUAUGUUUUGCCUAUUUUCUAAUUAACAGUUGCUAAAUAUGUUUGACGGGAUACAGAAUUAUUUCAUCAGCUGAACAAAUUUUCACUCGCCAUCUCACACCCACUUGCACUGUGUGUUUAUGUCUCCUCAUACACAACGAUUCUCACCAAAGUAAAUGAUGAGAAACUUCAGUGGAUGAAGUGAUUUGAAGGAACACAGAUGAAUAAGAAAAUCAGGGAGGCAGAAUGUCAGGGGAAAGAAGUGUGACUUGGCCAAAAGGAGGUCUGGCAGUCCCUAAUCAUCCUUGUUAUCUUUGAUGCUUUUUUGCCUUAAUGUCAGAUGUAGAUUUAUAAGAUAUAUAAUAGAUAUCCUAGUAUAUUUAUAUCACGUCUGUAUGCUUAUUUCUGUGAGUAUCAGUGUGUCUAUACACAAUGUAUCCAGCAUUGCAUUUGGAGGGGAAAGGGAAACAUUGCUGCCAAUUAGUUGUUAUGUUGUUGCUGUGCUCUGACCAACAUAAAGAAUGUGUUGUUUUUUUAAUCAGGAGGGUAAAAAUAUUCUUAUAGCUACCUGGAAAUAAGCAAUUGGAGUUAAGAUUUUGCAGGCAAUGAGAAUGAUUCAGGAAGUUUUUUUUUUUUUUUUUUUUAAUUUGACCAGAUAUUGAUUUGUUGACAUGGUGGAGUGCAUGUGUGUACGAUGUGUUUGUUUGCCUGGCUGAUUGUGUGGUCACAACUAAGCGAGUGAGUAACAGACAGAAAGGGAAGGAUGCUAAAGAUGUCUUCACAUGUGUCAUUGUCCACUCACUGGCAUCACCACAUUUUGUUGAAUGGUGUUCGGGAUUUGAUCAGCACAGCUUAAAUAGGUCACAGUUUGUUUAGGUGUUUGUUUUUCACAGGGUAAACAACAAAAAAAAAUAAUAAUAAAAGAACAUGACUGUGGUUCUUUCGAAGGUAAGAGCAAGUUCCUGCAGGUCAGUAACUGAGCUUAUCUGAAGACACCACAGCUCGGUGCAACAGGAGCCUGUGUGUUUGACCUGCUCUGUCGCUGGAUGGAGCAGAGCUGCGGGGCCACCACACAGGCUUUCAUCUAGUGGAAUGGGAAUCCAGGAUUACUAUUGCAGUUACAUAAAUAAAAGAUUCCCAUAUGCAUUGGCCUUUUACUUUAAAGAUCUUGCUUUGUUUUUGUGGCUUCUUGUUAUGUCAUAAGCUAUAAAAACAUUAAUAUUUAAUUGCCAUACAAACACGAUACUGUAGCAAUUGUUUCUUAUUAAGAAAAUUAUUCAAUUGAUUGAUUGCUGCCAUUCUUUUUAAAUGAUGAAAAGAAAACCAUGGGAAGUGUUUUCUUUGAACAGUUUGUGUACAGUUUAUUUUUAUAUCAUUCUGGUGGAUGGUCUGGAAAAUGAAUCACGUAUUGAUGAUAUAGCUAUAAGCAUUACCACUCUUGUAAAUAAUGUAAUAUUGGAUUGUAAAUUAUAAAUUUAUCCAAGUCAUACUGAUUGACAAAUAACCACUUAAGGUUGUUAAGUGAACCACUGAAGCACUGCAGGCCACAUCCUCACCGUUCCAUUCUCUGAUUAAGUUUUUGCUUGCUCGUGCUAACAUUCAGUCACAUUUUUUAAUUGUCCACAUUUAUUGAUGAAAUCAAAUAUAUUUGUACCAGCACUUUAUUUCAUCAGGUUUUGAGGCAGACAGUGUGUUUCAAGUAGUGUACAGUCUGUGCUGGUGGUUUGGUCUUUGGCAGUCACCUGUUGAUUAUAAUCCAUUGGGCCAAAUCACAAACCCUCAUUGUGCAGUUGUCAAAGUUAACCCCUUUCUAGAGGCAUAAUCAAACAAACUAGUCAUUCUCUAGUAAUAGUCCAUGUGAGAUUGAAUUUAUUUGACUUGUAAAGUCAAAUGUAAGCUGAUAUAGUCACACAGGAUGUGACACUCAAAGGAAAUAAAUGUGUCCUUAUCUAUCUUGGCCAUUUUAGUACUAUCACCACCUCUCUUUCUUAGUAACUUUAAUCAACCUGAUAGCCUAAAUGUCCUUCUCAUGGUGGCCAAACUUGCUGGUUCCCAUCGGGGUUGCUGUCAGGUUAUGUUGUCACAGACUGACUCCCUCUGAGAAUAGUUUUCUGGGCUUUAAUUCAUGUGUUUGUUCACAAGUAAGAAAGAUUAUUCAAGGGAAAAAACAACAUGAAAUGAUUGUAAUAUUUGUAAAUGAUCUUGCUGUAAUGUGUAAAAUGUGUCCAAGUUAUUUUUUAUUAUAUUAUUUUUAUGAAAGUUUUUCCUCUUGACAGAGCUGAGGUGUCAUUUUGUGAAUAAAUGCAUUUAAUAAGCAAACAUCUAUAUAUAAAACAAUAUUAUAGUAUAU